UUGUUGGUAUGCGAUUGCGCAGCAGUCAGCUGUUUGAGACAGUCAGUGUUAACGCAUUCUCGUAGUGCAGUGGCAUGCUGACGAAUCAAAUCAUCCCUUAGCUCGGUGCGCUUUAACGAAAACAUUAUUCCGAUUUGACGGUAGUUUUUUUGUGACUUUUUAAGAAAUUUAACAAUAGUGAGUGUUAGGUAAAGCUUGAGUGGCUGACAGCGGUUCUUCUGAGCGGCGAGGCCCCUAAUUUUGCACUUGCCUGUCUGAAUAACUAUUGCAAUCCUAAUCCGAGAAAUGAGAAUGUCGCUGGUGAAACUGAUGGCCGACGUGAUGUGGACCUUGUUCCUGAUCUCAGCAGUGGCCAACGUCGCGCAACCGCAAUCGAGCCCGGUGAUCAUGGCCAACUCCGUCGUUCCGCCACAGAAUCCGUCGGUGUGGGAUUCCUUGGCCAUUCUCCAAGGAAAGCGCCACCUAACCACGGUCGACACCAUCGAUCUCCUGCGCAGCGGCCGACCCGACGUCGACUACCCGAUUCUCGAUAGUAUUCCCGUGGGGAGCUUCCAGUGUGCGGAGCAUCAGCCGGGAUUUUACGCCGAUAUGGACACCCGCUGCCAAGUGAUUCGGCGGUGCGAUACGAAUAGCCAACUGUGGAGCUACCUGUGUCCCAAUAUGACGGUGUUCAACCAGAUCAGUCUGGUGUGUGAUUGGUGGUUCAACGUGGACUGCAGGCAGUCCAUCCAUUUCUACGACUACAGUAAUUCCCGGCUGUACCGCGGCCAGGACGUGGUGCUGCUGGAUAAUCAGGACAUCAUCGAGAUCGCGCAGAUGGUGGAGGACGAUCUGGACAUGCCCAGAAAAACUACCAAGGCCCCGCAGCGCCGUAUGGCCACCACCACCGCAAGAAAACGCUAGACUACAUCUUGCACCAAAGCGUCAAUCACAUUGUGUCCGUUGGGCUUCCUAAUUCGCACUCGUGAUCGGCUGUGCAGUGUGCGUGUCGGGCUAAUUCUUAUUUUUAAGUCAAUCAUGUCCCUGAAGCUGGCUGUAAAGCGGUACUAACUUACAGUAUGUAACUGGUAUGUGUGUCCAGUUUGCCAUC